UGCGCAAAACAAGCCCGUGGUUAGUUCUAAGUCUAGCCGCGAACCGAACGGAUCGGAAGGAUAAUAGAAAAGCUUCGACUCGGAUCGACUACAGCUGGAGUGAUUUGUGGGAACGAGAAUCGGUUGUUACUUGACGUGUUGAUGAGGGUGCAGUAGACAGUGAGACGAAUCUUUGAGCAGGUUGUUCUUAUGAUGCUUGCCCACCUCUUCCUACUACUCCUCGCGCUCGACCAUGUCGUGCCGGACACUCCGCUGCAAGAAGUCUUCGACAGUCUCAGCUUCCUAUUUCUGUACGGCAACCGGUCCUCCCGGAUACCGGACACGACCGUGUUCCGCACCGAGUACGACUUCAUCGUGAUUGGGGCCGGUUCCGGAGGAUCGGUGAUGGCCAACCGGCUCAGUGAGAAUCCCAACUGGAACGUGCUGCUGCUGGAGGUCGGCAAGGAGGAGAAUCUGGUGGUGAAUGUUCCGCUGACGGCGGGACUGACCACGGCCACGAGAUUCAGCUGGGGAUAUCGAUCGGAACCGAUGGACAAUGCUUGCAUCGGACUUGAGGAAGGAGUCUGCUACUGGCCAAAAGGUCGUGGUCUUGGAGGGACUAGCCUGAUCAAUUUUCUUCUGUAUGGUCGAGGACAUCAGCGGGACUACGAUGAGUGGGAACAAGCAGGGAACUACGGUUGGGGCUAUAAGGACGUUUUAAAGUACUUUGAGAAGGCGGAGAUUAUAAAGGGUGGGAAGCCCAAUCCCCAAGGAUAUCUGCAUAUUGAGCAGAGCUCAUUCGAGACGCCAAUGCUGAGGAAGUACAUUGAGGCGGGAAAAGCAUUCGGAUAUAAGGAGAUUGACCCCAAUGACAAGGUACAACUUGGGUUCUACAAGGCGCUGGCUACAAUGAAGAACGGCGAACGUUGUAGUGCAUCCAGAGCGUAUCUUCGCCCGGUUGCACAUCGACCAAAUUUGCACAUCUCCAUGAAAUCGUGGGCAACCAAGAUUCUGAUAGAUCCGGACACUAAAACAGCGUAUGGAGUCGAGUUCACAAAGGGGAAGAAACUUUACAGGAUCAAUGCAACGAAAGAGGUCAUCCUAACAGCAGGAGCAAUCGCAUCGCCCCAGUUGCUCAUGAUUUCUGGAAUAGGUCCUCGGGAACAUUUAGAAUCGUUGAACAUUCCUGUAAUCCAAGACUUGAAGGUUGGAUAUAACCUGCAGGAUCACACGACUCUAUCCGGACUGGUAUUCACCAUCAACAAGCCGGCUUCAAUCCGCGAACGAGACAUGCGCAGUCCAGAACAUUUCUUGAACUACAUGAUCAACCGAAAGGGACCCUUCACAGUACCUGGUGGAGCCGAAGGAAUCGCAUUUGUAAAGACAAACAAUUCCGAUCUUCCGUCGGACUACCCAGACAUGGAACUCGUGCUUGGAACUGGAGCCGUGAACAACGAUGAAUCCGGAUCCCUACGACACACGUUCGGUAUGACCAAGGAAUUCUACAGCAAAACGUACGGAAUGGCCCGGGGUAAGCACGCUUUUGGGAUAGCUCCAGUCCUAAUGAGACCCCGAAGCAGAGGUCGACUAUCGUUGAAGACCACAAAUCCCUUCCACUGGCCCCGUAUGGAGGGCAAGUUCUUCGACCAUCCAAAAGAUAUGGAAACCAUGAUCGAAGGCAUCAAACUGGCGGUGCAAAUCGGCGAGUCCAAAACGUUCGCCCAAUUCGGAGCUAAGCUGCUUAGAACGCCAUUCUUUGGCUGUGAACAUAAACAAUUCCGCAGCGAUGAAUACUGGAGGUGUUGUGUCCAGCAAGUGGGCGCCAGCAUUCAACACCAGUCUGGCACGUGCAAAAUGGGUCCCGGUAGCGAUCCGGAUGCGGUCGUAAAUCCCGAGCUACAAGUUCACGGCGUGCAGAAUCUGCGCAUGGUUGAUGCGUCCAUUAUGCCGUUUUUGCCGGCGGCUCACACCAACGGGGUCGUGUUCAUGAUCGGCGAGAAGGCGGCCGAUAUGGUGAAGAAACAUUGGGAGAACAACAUCGACAGUUGAUGGCGCAGAUUUGAAGGAGAGGGGAAUUUUGGUAUAACACACGGUGGAUGGUAGAUUUUAACCCACAUUGAAUUCAUUCUAGUCAUGUUGUCACGUAACUCAAGUUAUGCAUUAUUGUUAUGGUAUAGUAUAAAUUAAUA